GUGGUUUCGAGUUGGUUAGCUUUUAACCAUCUCAGUGAAAUGGUUAAGUGCUGUUAUUUUUAUAUGGCGAAACUACGCUAAAUGAAGUGGGUUAUCGGGAUAACCAACUCAACAGCCAUAACUACGUGGUUAGCUCCGUUGGGGACAUGGUAUUAGGCACCCGCGGGAUCCCGCGUUUUGUAUGGGAAAUAACCUAAUGUGACUAAACAUACAACUAUCGAUAGUGUUUAGAAAAUUCGAUAGUGCCGCCAAAUUAAACCAUCGAUACUAUCGAUAGCCCCAUCGAUAAUUUUCCAUCACUAUCAAAUAGCUUAUUACAAGGAUUAUGUUGCGUUUAAUACCCUUUCGUCCAAUUUUAGUUAAUAAGUUUAAGGAAUUAUGCAAUAACAAUCUGUUGAUGGCAAGUCCUCACUGCUUUUCCAAUGCAUAUAUGUCAUGUCAUGUCGACGGGUCUCGGAGUUUACCACGGUUAAUGGACUUCCCGGAAAUAUUGUGGCCGUCUACAAUCAAUACUUUGAAAAAUUGGUUCUUAAUCCAAUUCAUAAUUCGCCCAUACUUCGAAAAAGAUUUUACGAUCAGAGACUUCGUUUUCGGUGCUAAACAUGCCCUUCAGAUAAUAUCUUCGAAGCUGGUAAAUGGAGAAUUUGUGUCAAUGGAAAACUUUGUUGCUAAAGAAGCUAUUGAUGAACUGAAACCCACUAUACAGAAGUUAUCAGUGGCUCAAAGAAAACUAUUGGUAAUAAAUAAAGCCGAUAUUUACUUCGCGUUUCCCUACCAAGUGGGCAUAAUAUUUGACGAAGAAGAAGAGAAGGUUCAAAAACGUUGGGUUGAAAUAACAAUGGUUUUCCAUGUCCUUCGAGGGUUAACCGAAAUGCGAGAUCGCGGCGAAGAUAUCCCGUGGAAUAUGGGGUCACUGCCGGAAUACCAGGACAAAGUGUUUGUAUGCAAUUAUCGUUUCAAAAAAGAAUUUACUAGUGAUAUUCAGUCGGAUUGGACAGUUAAUGCUCUUAAUCAUUUCAAGCCAAUUGACUUGGUGAGAGAAAAAUAAACAAAACUUUUGUAUAAUAUAUGUAUAAGCUAACAACAAACGAUAGAACUUAUCACAACAGUUUCUUUAACAAUUGUUAUGUUAUGUUAGUAGAGUUAAUAAAAUUUUUGAUUCACUUAAAAGCCGUUAA